CCUUCUGUGACCCCUUCUCCCACAGCUACACAAUCCGUCAUUUCCCCUCACGGACAUUCCACUUCCACAGAAAAUGUUUCUUCGACUGACACGCCGUCUUCCACGGAGACUGGUAUCCCCACAGAGACUUUCUCCAGAUUCGAUGACUUCGCCACCACCGAGGAGCCAAACUUCACCUUCGACGACGGAUGGCAACUCCUAAACUGCAACCAGUUGGACUACUAUCUGGACCAGACUUGCAGCCAGGAUACUAUCGAGGGUGCUCAGUAUCUCUCUCCUUCAUUCUCGCAUCAGCAGCAACAAGCCAACUUCCGUCGCAUCACGUUUGACAUCGAGGGAGACACCACUUCAUUUGUUCUCAAGUCGUUCAAGGUUUCCACCAAGCCUAUCGGCAGUAUCUCCAACAACGACUAUGCUGGCAUUGUCUACUGCGCCUGGACCGUCGAGGACCAGUACUACGUUGGAUAUCCGAGCGUCUGCGGUGACAUCAAUCUCAGCGGCCCUCAACCGUUCCAGCAACUGGUGGAACUCAAUUGGAGCAAUGUCGCAUACGUCGCUUUUGCCGGUGAAGUUGCGAGCGCCUCCAAGGGUGCUAAGCCCGUCGAGUUCCAGAUUGACGACAUUCGUGUUUGCGUCCCGGAUGAUGAUGUUUAGAUUUUCAUUGAUUUUCGCGUUCGAUGUUUGUGAUGUUUCUAUAUGAUUCCGGAUGUGGGGUUCUCGGAGUGGUAGUAGGUGGUGGAUUUGUUCAUGCAAUUAGUGUUUUUUUACGCCAAAAGCAUUGCUUUUACUGUGUAAUUCUGUGUUUGAAAAGUUUGUGUAAUGAUACGAAUGAUUGGUGCUUUUGCACAAAUGUUUUGUCAAGCGACUGGAUUUCGAUCACGUAGUGUUGCCAUCGGG